AUGAACUACAACAGAAUUUACAAGAAUGUGAAUGCAGCUCGUUAUCAGGAUGAGGAUCCUAUUUGGAUUGUUUUAGGAACAGUUCCUGGGGCCACUGGUUUGAUGAUGAUGAUUAUCUUAUGUUUGGUAGUGACCAGCAGCAUCAAGUAUAACAGAGAAAAUAAUUACAACUUAUUUUGGUACAGUCACAAACUGGUUGCACUAAUGUAUAUUUUGCUCCUGGUGCAUGCAUUCCGAGGCCCAUUAAGGAAACAGCUGAAUAUUGUUCACCACACACCAGGCUGUAAUUUUCAAAACUUGUCCUUUCCUUGGCCAGAGCCAGAAUUCUACCAUUCCCCUAAAUCUUAUAGCUGUGAUGAAGAGCCAAAAUUUGGAGAAAUUGGUUGUGAGUCUUAUGUUUGGGUGAGUGUACCACUGAUUAUUUAUCUGGGUGAUGUUAUGUACAGAAUGAUACGGAGAUCAAACUCUGCCCAGAUCGUUGGAAGCGUCUGCCAUGCAGAUAAUGUUAUAGAACUAAAAAUGAUUAAAGAUGGCUUUAAAGCAGAUCCAGGACAGUUCAUAUUACUACAAUUCCCUGCCAUUUCUGCUUUUGAGUGGCAUCCAUUUUCCUUAACAUUGUGUCCAACUGAGCGGUCACCAGUAUUUUCUGUUCACAUCCGAGUGUGUGGAGACUGGUCAGGUAAACUUCAGAAAUUGCUCUUUGGGAAUUCCACAGAGGAAUGUGAAAAUCGAUAUGUGAUUGAAGAAAGAUGCCCAAAAAAAAUCAAAUUGAACCUGGAUGGUCCAUUCAGCAGUCCUAUGGAAGAUACAACCCAGUAUAGACUGGUUCUUUGUGUAGCUGGAGGAAUUGGCAUCACACCAUUUGCCUCAUUUCUAAAUGCAUUCAGAACAAAUGAAAAGUAUAGAAAAAGGUUUCGUAGACUUUAUUUGAUAUGGACAACUAAAGUGGUGAGAGCUAUCGGAUGGUUUGGUGAAUUGAUCCACUGCCUCCACAAAGAACUAUGGGAAUGUAACCGACCAGAUAUUUUGGAUGUAAGGUUCCACUUCACAAGUAUGGACAAAAAUCUUUGUAAAGAUUUGCCAGAGUCUUGUCAGGAGUAUGUAAGGAAACGUUUAACUUAUGGUCGGCCAAUUUGGAAAGAUAUUUUUAAUGAAAUUGUAUCCUGUCAUCCUGGCCAUAAAGUUGGUGUAUUUGCCUGUGGUCCAAAGCCACUCACAGAAGCCAUCAGAAGUUGUUGUUGGAAGAAAUACCAAAAAAACACCAAGUUUGAAUUUCACCAGGAGGUCUACUAA